AUGGGACUUCUUCACUGUCCUUUUUGUUGCUACACACAAAACCAUCAUCAACAAACAGAUUCCCACUCUCACUCUCAUGAUCACCUUCAUUCAGAACCAUCAUCAACCUCUUCUUCCCUUUCUUCACAACCAAGUCUUCCUUCUGUUCCUUCUCUCACCUCACAACUCACUCAACACUCUCAUCACAAACUUCUAACAACCAUCAAUGGUCACUCUUCCCCCAUCUUCUCCCUCACUCUUAGCUCCAAGUUUCUUUACAGUGGCUCUUCCAAUAGUGAAAUAAGAAGAUGCUCCAAUGACCCUUUUGCCCUUCAAACCUCAUCAAACAGUACAAACAAUUUGGUUUCAAUCAGUAACAGAUCAAAAUCAACCAUCAAGUCUAUGGUUGUUCUUAAUGAUAUGUUGUUCAGUGCUCACCAAGAUCACAAAAUCCGAGUUUGGAGAAUCGAAACAGCAAAAGGUGAUGAUCAUGAUACUAAACAAGAUCAGAAGCUGUUCAAAUGUAUAGCAACACUCCCGACUUUUAACGACCGUUUUUCGAAGCUUUUUUUGUCGAAAAACUACGUCGAAGCUCGAAGACAUAAGAAGUUUACAUGGGUGAAUCAUAUCGACGCAGUUUCUUCUCUAGCUCUUUCGAAAGAUGGGUUAUUUCUUUACUCUGCAUCUUGGGAUAGAACAUUCAAGAUUUGGAGAGUUUCCGAUUUCAAGUGUUUAGAGUCUGUGAAUAACGCGCAUGAAGAUGCUAUUAAUGCAAUUGUUGUUUCAUCUGAUGGGUCUGUUUACACAGGAUCAGCUGAUAAAAAGAUCAAAAUUUGGAAGAAAAAUGAAACUAAAAAGCAUUUUUUGAUUGGAACAUUGGAGAAACAUAGAUCAUCUGUCAAUGCUUUGGCUCUUAACAAAGAUGGGUCAAUUUUGUAUUCCGGUGCUUGUGACAGAUCAAUUUUAGUUUGGGAGAAACGCGAUUGUUCCGGUAUGAGUCAAGAUCAUGGUAAUGAAACAAUGGUGUUGGUUGGUGCGCUUAGAGGGCAUAGUAAGGCAAUAUUGUGUUUGGUUGUGGUGGAUGAAUUGGUGUGCAGUGGAUCAGCUGAUAAUAGUGUUAGGAUAUGGAGAAGAGGGAUUGGUGAAAAGGAUUAUGCAUGUUUGGGUGUGUUGCAGGGUCAUAGAAAACCUGUGAAGUGUUUGGCUAUGGAAGUUGAUUCUAAAAGUGAUAAAAAUGGUGAUGAUUGUUGUUCUUAUCUUGUUUAUAGUGGUAGUCUUGAUUGUGACAUUAAAGUUUGGCAAAUACAAAUUCCCUUGGUUGUUUAG